AUGUUUCAGAAGAUAUUCACCAGAUUCAUAUCAUUGAAAACCCUAACUACUCCUAACCCAAAUGCUUUAAAAUUCAUAUCGCCCGAGUUUAAAAUACUACCUCAACAACUUAAAAAUAAAACAUUUGAAUUCACAUCAUCAUUACAAUCAAUUCAUUCACCAUUAGCAUUAAAAUUAUUUAAUAUUCCAGGAGUUAGGUCAGUUAUGUUAGGUAAUGAUUUCUUAACUGUGAAUAAACAAGAUCAUAUAAAUUGGGCAAACUUAACUCCAGAAGUAAAAGAAGUUCUCGAAUCAUUUUCCAAAACUGGUCAACCUACAAUAACCCACGAAUUAAUAAAUGAAAUCCAAAAUGAGGAAGCUGUGGAUAAUUCAAAUGAUAGUGAGUUGGUGUCCAUGAUUAAAGAACUAAUUGAAACUAGAAUUAGACCAGCUAUUCAAGAUGAUGGUGGUGAUAUUGAAUUUAAGGGAUUUGAUGAAGAGACUGGUAAUGUUUUUCUUAAGUUACAAGGAGCAUGUAAGAGUUGUAGUUCUUCUGAAGAUACUUUGAAAAAUGGUAUUGAAUCUAUGUUGAAACAUUAUAUCGAGGAAGUUAAUGAAGUUAUUCAAAUUUUAGAUCCUGAAGAAGAAAUAGCCAUGAAGGAAUUUGAGAAAUUGGAACAAAGUUUGAAAAAGAAUAAGACGAAUGAGGAAGGUGAUGCUCCGCCAAAUUUAUAA